GUUUGAAAAAAAUGGCUGCAAUGACACGUGUGCUGGUUAUGCUGCUCAUGCUGACGCUGCUCUGUGGCCAGAGCAUGGCUAGUGUUAGCUUUUGGAUGCGUGUCUUUGGCAUAGAGCCUCCAUCCAUAGUGCCUGAGGGUCAAGUUGUGCUGCAGAGCGGCCAAGUUGUUCCAAGUGCUUCGCUUGGACUUGCAGGUCCAAGUAAUGCACUUGGUGGUGGUGCAGCUAUGGGGGGUGGCUACACUACGCAGUUUGGUCCCGAUGGUCGCAUCAUAGCUGUGCCUAUGGGUUGUGCAUGUCCUGCUCCAUGUUGUGCCAAUGUAAGAUCUGGACGUCCUGUUGCUGGCGCCGUUUCUGUGGGUUUGGGCUAAGCGCUGGGUAUGGUUAAACUAUUGGUUGCAGGCAUAACCACAAAAGUGUUACGGUUGGGAUAUAAAUAUGCAACAAUAAAAAGUUUCAACAA